GCCCCUCCCAGGUUCCGAGUCUCCCCGGCUGCAGGCGGAUGGAUGGGGCUUCUUCAGGCGGUGGCGGCAGCAGCGGAGCCGGCGGCGGCGGCGGCUAUGGUGUGGUGGCUCGAUUCUCCCAGUGCCUGGCUGAGUUUCGGACGUGGUUAAGAACCAACUGGUUGAGGUUCAAUGCAGACAAGACGGAUGUGAUGCUGAAAAUGUGCAUCAGAUGUUUAUGUUUAAUUGGUUUACAGACUGUCUGUGGACUCUUUUCCUGUCAAAUUACCAGCCAUCUGUUGAGUCUUCAAGUCCAGAAAUGGAUGAAAUGUUUGACUGCUCAUGAAAGUACAGGAGGUUCAGCGACAUCAGAUGACCAUGAAUUUGAUCCAUCAGCUGACAUGCUGGUUCAUGAUUUUGAUGAUGAACGAACAUUAGAAGAAGAAGAAAUGAUGGAAGGAGAAACAAACUUCAGUUCUGAAAUAGAGGAUCUUGCAAGGGAAGGAGACAUGCCAAUUCAUGAACUUCUCAGUCUUUAUGGUUAUGAUAGUUCUAUUCCACUACCUGAAGAAGAUGAGGAGGAAGAGGAAGAAGAAGAAGAAGGUGAAGAUGAUGAAGAUGCUGAUAAUGAUGAUAACAGUGGUUGUAGUGGGGAAAAUAAAGAAGAGAAUAUAAAAGAUUCAUCAGGUCAAGAGGAUGAAACUCAGUCUUCCAAUGAUGAUCCAUCACAAUCUGUUGCUUCUCAAGAUGCUCAGGAGAUAAUCCGCCCACGUCGAUGUAAAUAUUUCGAUACAAAUAGUGAAAUAGAAGAAGAGUCUGAAGAGGAUGAAGAUUAUAUUCCAUCAGAAGACUGGAAAAAGGAGAUAAUGGUGGGUUCCAUGUUUCAAGCAGAAAUUCCAGUUGGCAUUUGUAGAUACAAAGAAAAUGAAAAAGUAUAUGAGAAUGAUGAUCAACUCCUGUGGGAUCCUGAGUAUUUACCAGAAGAUAAAGUGAUUAUAUUUCUUAAGGAUGCAUCUAGAAGAACAGGUGAUGAGAAAGGUGUAGAAGCAAUUCCUGAGGGAUCUCACAUAAAAGACAAUGAACAGGCACUAUAUGAAUUAGUUAAAUGCAAUUUUGAUACAGAAGAAGCAUUGAGAAGAUUAAGAUUUAAUGUGAAAGCAGCUAGAGAGGAAUUAUCUGUUUGGACAGAGGAAGAGUGUAGAAAUUUUGAGCAAGGACUAAAGGCCUAUGGGAAGGAUUUUCAUUUGAUUCAGGCUAAUAAAGUUCGAACAAGGUCAGUUGGUGAAUGUGUAGCAUUCUAUUAUAUGUGGAAAAAAUCUGAACGUUAUGAUUUCUUUGCUCAGCAAACACGAUUUGGAAAAAAGAAAUAUAAUCUUCAUCCUGGUGUAACGGAUUACAUGGAUCGACUUCUAGAUGAAAGUGAAAGUGCUGCUUCUAGUCGGGCACCAUCCCCUCCCCCAACUGCCUCAAACAGUAGUAACAGCCAGUCUGAGAAAGAAGAGAGCACUGUCAGCAGUAGUAAUCAAAAUGGGGUGUCAUCUAAUGGACCAGGUGAAACAUUAAACAAAGAUGAAGUGAAAGUUGAAGGGUUACACAUGAAUGGACCAACAGGUGGAAGUAAGAAACCACUUCACGCAGAUAUGGAUACUAAUGGUUAUGAGACAGAUAACCUUACCACUGACCCAAAACUGGCCCACAUGACUGCACGAAAUGAAAAUGAAUUUGAUGAAAAAAGUGAGAGACCUGCCAAAAGGAGAAGGGUAAACAGCAAUGGAAAAGAAAGUCCAGGGUCUUCUGAAUUUUUCCAGGAAGCAGUCUCUCAUGGAAAAUUUGAAGAACUUGAAAACACAGAUGACUAAAUUUUAGGCUUAGUUUACUUUCUCGGAGUAAAUUCUGGUGUGACUAAAAUUUUCAGGGUUGAUGGGUUACCUUAAAAAGUUGAUUUCCAUGAAGCAGUUUGUUAAAAUUUGAAUUGAGUCCUAACCUUAGUAAAUAAGAUUUCAUAGUUCUGCCUUUUGCAGACAUUUUACUUUAAAACUGUAAAGACCUUUUUAAGGAUAUUAACAAAUAGUUUAGUAAAUUUGAAUGAACUAAAAGAUUCAUCUGUAUCUUCUCAUUUGAUGUAUUAAUCCUAAAGUUUCACUACAAAGUACUUCUUGCUUAGUUUGAUGGCAGAGAAAAACCAAGUUCAAAUUUCUGCUUAAUACCAGUUUUUCUGAGUUUCUUAAAAUGUCUUGUCAUUUAUAACAGACAUUGUUCUCUCCAUACAAAUUGAGUGUCAUUAUUAAGGAAACCCUUAUAAAUCCUGAAAGUUAUGCUAGCAUGAUUUUUUUAUAUAUAGAAGUUUAAAAAUAAACCAAGUCAGGUUUGUAUAUGUAAAAUUGUUGACAUCAAUGAUGUCUUUCCAUAUUCUUAUCUGGGCUUAAGAAAUACAUUCUGUAUUUUUCCAGAUUCUUUGUAGCCUUUGAAAGAUUUUUACAGUACAUAUGUCUUGACUGGAGCUGUCCUUUCUUAAUACAAAAGCUUGUAUAAUUUUCUUAACUUGUACAGUUGGUAAACUUUUAUGAGCAGAAUUGCUAUUCUGAGUCUGUCAGCUUUCAUUUUAUUUUGCUAAGGUUUUUCUAAUGAAUUUUUAAGUGUUUGUGUAGUAAUUAAGUCAUGUUUCUUAUCCAGGUGGUAAUUCAUAAAGGAUUGUGCACAUUUUUUUUUCCCUUCAAAUUUCUACUUAAGGACAAAUAGUUUGAGAAUUCUGAAAUUAAGCAUGAUACUUAGACUGCAUAGUUUGUUUUUUUUUGCAUUUGCUAUAGUUUUCAAAAUUAUUUUUAAGCAAAAGUUUAAUGUUAGUGUAAGUGCUUAAAUGUAUCAUGCUGACCAGAAUCCUGUUGAGUUAUUUUUAUAUGCAUUAUAAAACUUCCCAUUUUUGCACUUAGUUAACAGAGGAAGAAGUCAAGUGAUAUUUAGAUAUUGGCACACACAAGGAGUUGGCAAGCAAAAAAAUAUUGUUUUAAUAAGGAGAUAGUAUAGUUAGAAAAGUUUUUAGACUUUUCCAGUUACAAUCCAGUUUUUCAGAUUUCAUAAUUUCCAAACUGGUAAGUUCAGUAUGUACUGCACAUGGACUACAAAUAUGACCAUCCAUUGCAUAGCCUUGCAGGAGUGCCAUUUUAUUUUAGUGCAAAUUUCUUGUUAAAAAGUGUAGUUUUAUACAGCUGAUAGACCAACUUAUAUCCAAACUUUUAUAAAAGAUUAUUAGCUAUUCUUGUUUUUAAUCAUACAGGCAUACCCCAAAUGCUUUUCUGUCCUUUUCUGCUGUCAGUUGAAUAGGCAAUGUGAUCUCAACUGUCUAAUGCAAUUGAAUAGAGCUUUGCAUUGGGAAAUUAUGGUUUAGGCCUUCCCCCAUGAAGUAUUUUAGACUGCUUCCCUUCACCAAUGUGAACAACUCUCCCCCUGCCCCCAAACAGUGUUAAAAGCCACUUUACAACACUUGACUUCAUAUAAAGUACAUUCACUGUUUUAUAUACAUAUCAAGUAAAUCUAAGUUUUGGGUGAAGUGUGAGUUUUUUUGUUUUGCUUUAUCUAGAACAUUAAUUUAUCCAGAAUGGCAGCUUUAGCAGAUGGUCACAAUCCAUCUUUUUUUUUUUUUUUUUUUUAAAUGAGGAUUAGCUCUCUGGCCAGCCAGGCGCUAACUCAGGCCACAGGGGUAAGAACAAUUCAUUUUCUAAAUCAGAUUUUAUUAAACAAAUCCAAAAUAUCCUAGCUCUUUGUCAAAAAUGAUCUAUAGAAAUAUUUCAAAUGAAUAGUGAAUACUUCUUAGAUUGUUGUGAUAUUAGAAUGCUAUUUUCACCUUUUUUACAAGAUGCAUUUUGUUUGCAGAUUUAUGAAGUUCUUGCAGAAUAAUAUUACAGGAACAUUUUUAAUAAAUUCUCAGGCAUGUUUGCAAAUAUGGCACAUGUAUACAUAUUAAGAAUUCUACUUUUCAUCUUUUUAAGGUAUACCUAAUGAAAGACAUUCCACUAUUAUAAUAAUGCUCAGCUUUUCAUAAAGAAAUAUUUAAGUGCAUUUUGUGUUUAUACAGGCAUUUCACAGAAUACUUUGUUCUUCAUAAUGCAGCCACUAUAACUUAAUAAGUCAUUGCACUACUUUAAAAUUUUUAGUGAUAUCAUGAAUUUAAUUUGCUUAAGAUCUAGUACAUUUCAUAACUCUCAAACUCUUGAACAUUUACAUUGGUUUUAGAAGCCUUUGUUAAUAGUUAAUCUACCCCACCCCAAACCUAGCAAAGCACUAUCAUUUCAUUUGGAAUGGUUUUGUUUUGUGAAAUAUUUUCGAAUAGGAUUUAAACACAAAUCUGUUAAGCUUUAAAAUGUAUUUGAAUAUUUAAAUAGGCAUUAAAAUUAUGAAUUAGAUGUUUUUAAAUUUAUGCAUAGUAAUUUUGCACUGUAAAAUAAUUCUCUUCUCCCAUUCCCUGUCUGCCAUUCUGAAUAUGCUUAUUAAAAUAUUUUUUUAAACAUACUUGCCUAUAUAAUGCUGUGUGAAUGAUUUUCAUUAGUCUGAUUCACUAGGUUUUCAUUAUAGCUUUUAAGUUUGUAUGAUGUACAUUGUUUACAAUGCAUAUAUAUACAAUCUCUGUUCCUUGUGCUCCUAGACAUAAUGCAUGAAGUAGUGUUUCAGUGGUUUCUGGUCCUUUUUACCUCAUCUUGGGUGAUAUAUUUUGUUUGUUUGUUUUUUCCCCUUCAGAGAAAUCCUUUGGUCUAUGCACCUCUGUUCACCUGUUUCUCUUUCUCUGAACUGUAUAAUUAAAAAUAUUUUGUUCCUUUCUUUUUCAGUGUAGUUUAUAUCACAUACUAUUUUGCAAAAACUUUUUGUCACGGUAUUUGCUUUGCUUUCAAGGGAAAAGAAUGAGCACUUUGGUUAGUGAUGGUUGGAGAAUUUCUAAAGGCAGGAUGUGUGCUGAUGACCUGUGGGGGUUAUAUAACUGAUUCUGUAUCGCUACUCAAUAGCAAGUCAGAAAUACUAAGGCUUUCCCAAGUAUAAUCCAUAUUCAUGAAAAAUGCUGAUGUUGAAAGCUGUAAAAUAUAGGGGAAAAUAAGGACUUUUCAAAUUUUAACUUUUU